GUGAGGUUCUGGUAGACACAAGUGAGGUUCUGAUAUACACAAGUGAGGUUCUGGUAGACACAAGUGAGGUUCUGGUAGACACAAGUGAGGUUCUGGUAGACACAAGUGAGGUUCUGGUAGACACAAGUGAGGUUCUGGUAGACACAAGUGAGGUUCUGGUAGACACAAGUGAGGUUCUGGUAGACACAAGUGAGGUUCUGGUAGACACAAGUGAGGUUCUGGUAGACACAAGUGAGGUUCUGGUAGACACAAGUGAGGUUCUGGUAGACACAAGUGAGGUUCUGGUAGACACAAGUGAGGUUCUGGUAGACACAA